AUGAGUACAAAAGAGACAGUAUCAGAUUUGGGUGGGAGCAGAAGAAGAGGCACUGCCCCAAAAGCAGGCUCUGUUUGGGAAAGUCGAAUGAAGCUCGAUCAAGUCAAAGGUGGCUUCAAAGCAUUCAGUCCCAAUCAAGAGAAUUCCCAGGACAACAUUCAUAACAACGACAAUCCUCAAGUUCAGAUGGAUAAAAAGGCAACUGAAAUCACGAGGGCCAAACAGAGCCCUCCUCUUGGCUCGACCGACAGACGAAAAAAAUGGAAAUCUGAUAAUUCCGAGGGGAACUCAGUUCAGAUUGCGCGGCAGAGAUCUGAACUCAGGAAGAAUUUGGACAAAGAAUUUAAGGAAUCGGGUGAUUCUAACAGGAGCCCUGCAUGGAUCAAGAGAAAUAGAUCGAUCCCAUCCGGCGAUGAAAAUGCGAUUCAGCUGAGGAAAGUGAAGUCUGAUUCCACUGAGUUGGUAAGUUUCGAUAAAAUUGAAGAGAAAAAUGAUGAGAUCAGUAAUUCUGAGCCAAACAGGGAUUUGAAGGGCAGUAGUGGGGAUAUUGACAAGAGCCCAGAUAGAGGGAUUUCAAGAUCCGGUGACGAAUUAGCCGAUGGCCCGAAAAAAUCAGAUUUGGGGGAUUUUGUUGAUGAAAAGGAUAAGGAAAUUGAGGUUGAUGAUAUUAAGGAAAUGACAAAGAAACCUGUGAUUGAGGAGAGAAAACUGCUUCAGAACAAUGAGAGAUCAGUUUUGAGUUCAACAAAUGUUCGAAAACAGCCAAGAUCUCAUCCUGCCCCAACAAAGACCAAGCCAAAUAAUGUCCAUGAUGUUCCACGGUCAAGAAAACAUUGCAGAUUACAAAUCUUUGUUGACAUAGUAAUGUGGAAAGAUGCAUCAAAAUCGGCAUUUAUAUUUGGGAUUGGAACAUUUGGUAUCAUUUCAUCUUCGUACACAAAGGAUUUUAGCAUCAGCUUGAUUUCUGUGUUGUCAUACUUAGGCCUUGUAUACCUAGCUGCAAUAUUUCUUUUCAGAUCCCUCAUUACCAGGAGAGCAAUGGAUGUUGAUAGUGAGAAUCAAGAUUUGGUUGUUGGAGAGGAAGAUGCAAUGUGGAUAGUAAAACUAAUUCUUCCUUAUUUAAAUGAGUUUCUUCUCAAAUUGAGAGCUCUGUUUUCAGGGGACCCUGCUACUACAAUGAAGUUGGCAGUGUUGCUAUUCAUUUUGGCUAGGUAUGGAAGCUCCAUAACUGUAUGGAAGAUGGCCAAAUUAGGUUUUGUGGGGGUGUUUACUGUGCCAAAGAUCUGCGCUACCUAUUCGUCUCAGUUAACUGAAUAUGGUACAUUUUGGGUUCAACGAUUUGGGGGUGCUUGGAAGUCAUGUGCUCAUAAAAAAGCAGUUGCAUUUGUCAUCUUCACUCUUGUGUGGAAUUUUUCAUCGAUUACAGCUCGAAUAUGGGCAGUGUUCAUGUUGUUUGUGGCGUUCAAAUACAAUCAGCAGCCAUUGAUCAAAGAUGGAUGGGAGAACGAAGAAAGAGGCAGAAACAUGGAAGGACAUAAGUUGAGACGGAAUUCGGCCGCAAUUGAAACAAGAAAACAGAAGAAAGCGUGUUGA